AGCAAAACUGCUUAUUUCUCCGAACUCUCCGAUCAAACCCUCAACCUCUUGAGUCUUUAGUCUUAGGCUCUCAGUAUUGCUUCCUCUCCGGCGAGGCAGCCAAAGGCCACAACGCAAGCUUGUGCAAAUUCUUCGUUCUAAAUUUGUAAUCGAAGCUCGCUUCGCUUCAUCUCAUGCAAUUGCGAUGGUGCCUCCCCCAAUCCACGCAGCAGCAAACGCGCAAUACACGCAACAGUUCCUAAGCAACGUUCUCUCCCAGCGCGGCCCCUCGGCGUUGCCCUACGCAGAGGACGCGAAAUGGUUGAUCCGCCAACAACUGCACAGCUUAGUCGAUAACUAUCCAAGCCUGCAACCUAAGACCGCCACUUUCACCCACAACGAUGGCAGAACCGUCAACCUCCUCCAAGCAGAGGGUACCAUCCCCAUGGUCUACCAAGGUAUCGUUUACAACAUCCCCGUGAUCAUCUGGCUUAUGGAAUCCUACCCUCGUCAGCCUCCCUGCGUCUAUGUGACCCCAACUCGCGAUAUGAUCAUCAAACGCCCCCACCAACACGUCAGUCCUUCUGGUUUGGUCUGUCACCCCUAUCUCCACAAUUGGAUCUACCCAAGCUCGAAUCUCGUCGAUCUGGUUCGUAAUCUCAGUCAUCUAUUUGGCCGCGAUCCCCCUCUCUAUGCUCGCCCCCAAAGACCUAGCCCUCCUCCAAACCCUAAUCCCAGUCACAACCCUAGCUCCAGUGAGAAUUCAAAUUCUCCUUUUUCAUUAUUGUCGUCCAUUGUUCGCCCCUUUAUCCCUCCACCGAGGUUAAAUUACUCUUCGCCUCCUUAUGGGCAUCGGCCGACGACAGAAGCCACUGAAGAUCCAGCCGAGGUUUUUCGUAAGAAUUCGAUCAAUAAGCUUAUGGAGAAGUUACAUGUUGAUGCCGAGGCGUUGAGAAAGACCAGCGAGUCUGAGAUGGAAGGGCUUUUCAAUUUGCAGGCGGUUUUGCGACAGAGAGAUGAGAACCUCUCUAAGGAGUUGAGGAAAUUUCAUGAGGAGAAAGAGGGACUAGAGCAGCAAUUGCAGAUGAUUCUAAUGGAUACAGGUCUCUUGGAGUCGUGGUUGAGGGAGAACGAAGGGAGGGUGAGUAAAGCCAAAAAUGUGGAGGUUGAAGGGAUUUUUGAGCCUUGUGAUGCGCUUUCGAAGCAGAUGCUUGAAUGUACUGCGUCUGAUUUGGCUAUAGAGGAUGUGAUUUAUUCCUUGGAUAAAGCAGCUCAGGAAGGAUCGAUACCCUUCGAUCAGUAUUUGAGGAGCAUUAGAUCGCUCUCACGCGAGCAGUUCUUCCACCGUGCCACGGCUGCGAAGGUCAGGUCUGCACAGAUGCAGGCUAAGGUUACUAGUAUGGCAGCUCGGGCAUCAAGGUAUAUGUGAAGGUUUGUGGCCUAAAUGUGUUAAUGGUUACUCCAGGGGCUGAUUCAGAAUGGACCUUUAGAGAAAUUAUCAUAUUUGAAUGCAUGGGUUGACUGCUACGCACUUCGUGCGGAUGGCUUUUAUUAGCUCCAUGGUUUGUGGGAGUUGAGGGUCUUCCAGCGUGUAGUCAAGCAUUUGUAGUUCCGGCAAAACUGGGGCUGCGAUUCUCCUUGGUUGUUCCGGCGUUGGUUGGCAGGGGGCUGCAAUUCUCUGCAAUUUGAUUUCCGGCGUUGGCAGACGACGAAACUGGUGAGUCUCAUCCCUGCAAUUUGAUUUCAUGCACUGGAUUUCAGUAUAUGAUUCUGGGUUCUCAGUAUAUGCUUACUAUUUCCCCAAUUUUUCUGUUGAUUCCACAAUCCAUACAUGACUUUUUCAAUUUCUAAUUCAGAUCUGCUAAGUGAUUUCAAUACUGGGUUCUCACUAAAAGGAUUAGUAGAUGGUGCGAACUUGCUUAUCUCCCCAUUUCGAACUUCUUUAAUGUCCCUAUCAUCAAUAUGGUGCAAACAUGCUAUGCUGGUUGAGCAGGGUGUACAGCAGUUAUAAAGCCUUCUGAGCAUGAUCCUGCAACCUCUUCUUUUCUGGCCAAAGCCAUCCUAAGAUACAUGGACACUAAAGCCAUUAAGGUCAUUGAAGGAGGAGUAACCAUAGCAGAGCAUCUCUUAGAACAGAAAUGGGACAAGAUAUUCUUCACUGGUAAUGCACACAUAGUUAUAUGGCCGUCCACUUGAAUAUAUGGUUCUGCUACUGAUUAACACCAUUACCCAUAAACAUCCAGGGACUAUACAAGUCGGACGCAUAAUCAUGUCCGCAGCCGCUGAACAUCUUACACCUGAUUCUCAGACUAAGAACAAGGAGACCUCACAUCGAACAGCUACGAGUUCCCACAUUUCAGGAAAUGGGGACAAAAAUUGAAACGCAUACCUUCGCUUCGCUGGUGACUGGUGAGUAUCUGUUUUCGUCAGACGCUAUCGACAUCGCCGGAAUGUAUUCCACAUUUCGCCGGAAGGAAGAGGACCUCUCCUUCGUUGGAGAGGAUAUCGCUGGGAUUUGGGUGUUUUUUACGGUUCAAAAGGGUGAAACAGGUAGGACGGUAGUUCGGUCUUUUCAAGUUCGAAACUAACACCAGUGAAACGGUGUUAGUUUUUUAGGUUUAAACGUAAAAAACGAAAUGAGACGGGGGAUGAUGUAAUUAAGGCAAACGUGAGGGGUGGUGGAUGUAAAUUUCCCUUGAUUAAAACAUUGUCAACUAGAGUUUUCAGAAGUCAGAAUCGAAAUCAGGGCUGUAAUAGUAUGAAUUCCAGAAAUCCCAGUGACAAUAGGAAAAUCAAUGUCCCAGGAACAGAACUGAAAUCGAAUGCAAAAACUAGUUGAACAGAUUUGAUACCUUAAGAAAAAUCAAAACAAAGAACAGCAUAGCAGUAGUGCAGUACCUAGGCUUCUCACUGCAAGGUAUUGAUUAGAUUCGCCACCAAUCCACCUGUUGAAUCUCCACAAGAAGGAGCAUUCUGAAUUGCCACAGAAACAAAAGCAAAAAAGGCAAACUUUAUUCAUCAAAUUCGUGUACAAGGCUGUAGACCCAUACAAACUUACAUAGAAGGAUCAAAAUUAGACUCAAAACUCAUAAAGGAAAGGCCUAAAACCAGUCCUUAACUAAUAAGGUAACCUAAAUUAACUAGGAAACUAAAUUAAUGAAUGAUGACUCAAAACAGUAUUGAAUUUAUAGAAUCCUAAUCCAGCCCGUUUAAUAACUAUUAAAAUAAAGAAAUACACUUAACUAACUGAUCCCGUAUGCCUAGCUUCUACCUAUAUUAUAGGCCCAUUAAAGAGACCCAUUACAAUGAGAACACAUUGGAUCAAAGGCCCAACCCCAAGCUUUCUUUUCACUAAAAUAAGCUGAUAUCUGUGAUUUAUCUGCAUCAGUAGAGUUCUCUCAAUUUAACUAUGAAAUACUCUAGCAGUUCUUUGCUUCCCAGCCAGUUUACAUAUGUAAACAUAAUCCAAGUGAUAAAUUUGGUUGUUGGUACUUUCCAGAUAUCUUCUUGAAAGACGGUUCCACCCAGUGAGGCUCUAAUAGGUUUUGUGGUGAGCUCUGUUCCUUCAGUUUUCCAAAUAUGUUUUCUAGGGUUAAGGUCUUGACAAAAGCCUUUGGAGGGCAAGGAUCUAUGUAGCCGACCCCAUUUAGUUGGGAUAAGGAUGAAUUGUUGUUGACAAAAGCCUUUGUUUCAUUCAAUUCUUAUGUUUUCGAAUGAUUAAAUUCACGUGCUGCUGUACUUUUUCAUGAUAUUCAUACAUUGCAGUCUUUGACUUAUAGAUUUCCCCAAACAAGGAACUUCUAGCUUCACUGAAUUUAUUACAUAACAUUAUUGACCCGGCUUACUCCUACUGUGGUAGCUUCGAUUCUUAUAUCCAGUUUACAAUUGAACCGCCAUGCGUGUGUUUAUUGGCCAAAGAUUUGAAUUAGCUUCCUUCCAUUGUUCUCUCUCUCUCUCUCUCUCUCUCUCUGCUUCACAUAUUUUGGAUUUUAUGCUUUAUGCUGAGUUUUUCUUUACUUUCUAGGGAGUUUUAGUACCUUCUUGAGCCUAGCUUCAGCAGAUGAAAAUCUUCAUGCCCUGUAAAAGUGAUGAGUAAUGGAGGUUAAGGGAAGUUUAAAUAUAAAUAUAGAUGGAUUUAGUUCAAAAUCCCAUAAUAAGUUAGUAAGACACAAACAAGGAGUGAGGCCGGGGUUUUCUCUCUCUCUUCAAGCUUUUAUGAGUCCCUUAUGAUAGGAAAGCUUUCAGUUUCAGGAAACAGGUCUUAUGGUCCUGGGAGUUAGGCUUAAGCUGAGCAUUAGAAGAACGUUUUGUUGAUUAUACAAGGGGUGAGAAGAAGAGGAGAGUGGUUGCAAAUCUCAUAUUAAAAGAGUUUCCGGUUGUAAAGUAAUAAAUUUAAACAGAGAGCCAAUAACAAAACUAUGGCGAAUGCAUCUAUCGUCAUUGAUGCAUAAAUAAAGAUAGCAAUUAGUAGUGAUUGAAUUCCUUCUAGGGUUCCACAUGAGAAACCAGUACGAAUAUAACCUCCAUGUCCAAUCGAACUAUGAGCUAGAGGCCUUUCUUCGCUGGCUUCACUAGGUUGGUGGCAAAGCAACCUGUAGUUUUCUUCGUUGGCUUCUGCCUUCCCAAGCUGUCCCUGUGAUCCAGGGCGUUUUCUGAAAGCUCCUCCAUAUGGCGCCAUUUCGAUUGGUGUUUUUCUCCGCGAACCAUUUGGAAUGGCGUCAAACUUACCAGGUUUCAAUAGUUAUAGUAAGAAUAAUCACUACUAGGGUUGGAGGCUUCACAUGUUCACUGUUUAGGGAAGAUUUGCAGUAUAAUUUGGACUAAUACCAAGAUAAGAAAGGACUGAGAGAUAGUGGUGCUGGUUGUAGGAGAAGCUAAGUUAGUGAUCACACAAGUGAAUUUGAGCUGAGGAUUUCGAUAUAGAUUCAAAAAGAUCUGAAAGUUCCUGAAAGGGAAUAGGAAAAUAUUAGAAUUUCAGGGGGGGAAGGGGUGUACAGAAUUCUACUUGGAAGAGUGUUGGCAUCCUAGAAUCAAAACCAAUAUCUGUCAUAGGAUUUCGGGCGGAUAUUUAGUGUUGAGUUUGCAAACUUUUCUUUGGCAAAAGGUGUUUUUUUUUUUUUAAACCUAUAAAAGAAAAUGAUCAACAUUGGCUACAUGCCUGACAUCAGUUUUUAAGUGCUUUGAUUCUGGAUGUUUGAUUGUUACUGAACCCUUCUCCUUCAUGGAUGUGGUUUGUAUUCGUUUGAAACCAAAACAGAGCUGAGCUGGGCAAUUAAGAUUUGAUGAUCAUCCCUACUUAGUGUUGAUUCUUGAGCAUGAUUUUGAACCUUAAACUCUUUAUGGUAAUCCAGACAUGUAAAUUGUUUUUUUUUUUUUUAAGGGGUGGAGGGUGGGAGGUGCAUAGGUGCAUGCUAGUAUCUGUCGGCUGGUUAUAUGUAUAAACUCGGACACAGGUGUACUUGUAUACGAAGUGGUCAUGAAGUAACUUUUUAUCUUGUUCAGCAGCUACACAUUUUUCAAAUGUAAAGAAAAUUGAAUCUUUAGGCUGGCAGAACCUUAUUUCUCGCUUACAUAUAAGGUUUCUUGCAGAACCAUUUAUCUUGUCACUUUUCUCAGACAAUUUUCAGUGAUUCAAAAUUACAUGGUAUAUUUAGCUUGAAGCCAUGAGAUGAUGAAUAUUGAUUCACAUGCUUAGGCUUGCAGAACCUUAUUUCUUGCAUAGAUAUGACAUGAAGUUUUUCUCUCUCUUGCAUAACUUUGUUGAUCUUUUUAAUGUUGAAAUUAAUGUCUUCUAUUCAUUUGUCAAAGUUGGUGAAAAAUAGAUUGUAAUCAUACACUUUUGUUCUCUUAGAGUAUAACAUACUUCUUCCAGAGGGUAAAAUCAUGUCAUUGUAUUGAUGGUGGUAUUUUCUGGUCUCUAAACAUUGGACACAAUGGCUGUUUCUUCUGUGGAAACAAUUUUUUACUUAUAUCUUAGAUGUAUAAGUCUUUGAGAAAGUCUGCAAAUAUAGUGACAAAACUUGUCAGCACUUUCUUCCUUCUGGCUCUCUUUGAUGGUUUCCCCAUCCCCACCUUUUUUUUUUUUUUUUUAAUGGGAAAAGGAAGUAUGCACCAUCCUUGUAUAGAUCCAUUUAUAUCCUUUUCACAUAAUAAAAACACUGGGCUCAUAGUCA